GUGUACAAGUCCGCGAUGGCCAUGGUGCAGGAACGCGCGCGCCUGCCCUGUGACGUCACCUCUACGCUGGCCAAUGACAGAGUAGUUCUCAUCCUCUGGUAUCGUGGCUCAGCUGGUACGCCUAUAUACAGUUUCGACGCCCGAGGGAGGACGAUAGAAAAAGGGAAACACUGGUCGGACGAGAGGCUGCUUGGACGGCGGGCGUACUUCAAGCUGCUUCCUGGCAGUUCUUGGGGAGGCUCCUCGGCCCCCGGAGCUCACCUGGAACUGUUCCCCGUCCAGGACCGAGACGAGGCCACCUACCGCUGCAGGGUCGAUUUCCUCUUGUCCCCCACCAAGAAUACAAUAGUUAACUUUACCGUCAUCAUACCGCCGAGCAAACCUGAGAUCUACAACGAAUCGGGUCUGUUGGUGACUGGAGAGAACGGUGCGUCCAUUAUUGGCCCAUACAACGAGGGUUCACCACUUAUCCUCUCUUGUAAAGUGACAGGAGGUCGGCCUGUUCCUACGGUGCAGUGGCUGGUGAACGAGGAGGUGCGGCCGUCUGAGGAGGUCCAAGAGCCAGGGGGUGUUAUCAAAGUGACUCUCGUCGUGCAGGAGCUCUCCAGGACCGACCUACACGCUGUCUUCGAGUGUCGCGCAACGAACUUCAAUGAUUCCUCACCUAUCUCCUCCACGGUCACCCUCGAUAUGAACUUUCAACCGCAGAACGUCACCAUCCUCAGUGGCACUGGCAGUCUGAGUGCCGGGACCGAUUACGAGUUGGUGUGCCAGGCCUGGGGAUCACGGCCAGCUGCCAUCAUAAGCUGGUGGAAAGGUGGCACCACGGCACUCAAGGAUGCUGCCAUGACGACGUCACCAGACAGCAACGUGACCACAUCUAUCCUCAAGUACAGCGCGGAUAUGACUGACAGCGGCAAGUACCUGACGUGCCGAGCAGAGAACCAGCUUAUACCGCAGUCAGCCAAGGAAGACGGCCUCAAACUCAACAUCUUCUACAAGCCGGUGGUGACGCUACAGAUGGGCAGCAACCUGGACCCCGAGACCAUCAAAGAAUCGGACGACGUGUACUUCGAGUGUCACAUCAACGCCAACCCCGAUGUCCAGCGAGUCCUCUGGUACCACAACGGCGCCCCCGUGGAGCACCGCGUCACCCGGGGCAUCAUCCUACAGAACCAGACGCUGGUCCUGCAGAAGAUCACCCGAGAAGCUGCAGGACUCUACACCUGCGCCGCCGUCAACCUGGAGGGCGAGGGCGAGAGUCAACCUGUCAACCUCAGAGUCAUGUACAAGCCGUACUGCCGGCGACACAGCAAGACGAUCUACGGGACGGCGCUGCACGAGCCUGCCAGCGUGACGUGCGAGGUGGAGGCCAGCCCGGGACCUGUCACCUUCAGGUGGACCUUCAACAACACCUCCGAGCACCUGCCCAUCCCGGCCUCCGCCGUCACCUCCCAGGACUUUCUCUCAGUGGCCAGCUACGCCCCCAAGAGCCACCUGGACUACGGCACGCUGCUCUGUUGGGCCUUCAACGACAUCGGCGAGCAGAGUGUUCCCUGUGCCUUCGCUAUCAUUGCUGCAGGCCCGCCGGACCCGCCCAAGAACUGCUCCAUCGCCAACCAGACGACGGACACCAUCGAGGUGGAGUGUGUGGCAGGCUUCGACGGCGGCCUUCCCCAGACCUUCUACAUGGAGGUUUACGACUCGACUUCUGGGGCGCUUCACCGCAACAUAUCGUCACCUGAGCCGCUGUUUCACCUGACUGACCUACGACCCGGCCUCGCCUUCCUCAUGGUCACUUACGCCGCCAAUUCCAAAGGCAGGAGUGACGUUGCCAAGCUUCAGACCUUUACCCUCAAAGUGGCUGAGAAACGUACAGGACCUCCGGCGCUUUUCGAGUUCACACCUGUCCUAGGAAUCCUGAUCGGUGUGGUGCUGGCCUUGAUCCUGACGGCGCUGGUGGUGAUGGUGGUGAUGAAGAUGAGACGAACGCCCCCGAGUGGUGACAUCGGAGCCCCAAACGACGAGCUCAAGGGAGACUUAGAGAACAAACCGCUCAAUGUCGGGGUGUUGGCUGCCAGGGUGAAAGAGGGACCCAGCGUGUGUGAAGCCGAGGACAAUGACCCUGACAUCAUCCCACACAAAACCGAUGUGAUGUCGUACCAAGACUACGAGAGUAUAGAUCGGGGAGGGCCGGGCCCGGGCGUCGACACUGUUCCCUCUGUACGAACACUACCACGACCGCAUAACCAGGUUCCCCCAGGAGGCUCGACGGUAACCUAUGUAGAGUUACCGUUACCCAGAGACGCCCAGCCAGGCUACCAAGUCAGCGCCACUGACCUCUGUCUCUUCGCUGCCAAGAGGAAGAGUAUGUAUCUCACCGCCUCGGCCACCACCACAAGACCCCUGUCUACCACCAGCACGACCACUACUACUACCAUGGCUGCCACCGGACCAUCCACCGCCUCUCGCAUCACUCCCACCACCGCUCCUACCUCCCCACACCCCAGUAACGAGGACUUCUUUGACGACUCCAAUAUUUACGCCACGAUAAAUCCCGUCAGAGGUGUGGACGUCCCCGCCACCAAGGAGCCGCACAUCUACGCUACCAUAGAACACAGCAGAAGGGAUCAUACACCCACAACAUCCACGCCUAUAUACGCAACUGUGGAUCAUAGACGGAGCGCGUAUAUCCCUUCCACCACAGUGACGCACACCUCUACUACAAUCACUCGUCCUAGAAGCGUUACCAACAUUCCCACCGUUGUUAGCGGCCCUGUUCCUACUGCUAACACCUACGCCACCAUAGAUUAUAGGAGGAAUGCGAAUAUAACUACAACAAACGCACCGAAUGCCUACGUCAGCUCACUUCACCGUCUGAGUUUGCAUUCUCCAUCAGAUUACCAUGAUAGAAGAGUGACGUCACGAACCCCAUUGCUAAGGUCACGUACUCCGCCGGUAACGUCACACCCUCAGACAACAACGUCACGGUCUCCACUACUGAGGAUGGCCAAUGAGAGUGCUGUGUAGAGCACCGAUAACGUCAUGCUCUCCAAUGACCAAUGAAAGUGCUGUGUACAGAACACUGAUAACGUCAUGGUUCCAAUGACCAAUAAGAGCGCUGAUAGCGUCAUGCUCCCCAAUGACCAAUGAGUGAUGUGUGAAAAACACUUGACGUCAUGCCCUCCAAUGACCAUUGAGUGUGUUGUGGUGAGCAACCUGGUGAAGGAUAAUUCUAUUUUCAUGACACAUACAUACUGAUCGUAAGACAUUUGUAGAAGAGCUAAUGGAACUGACCUUUGCACAAGUAACAGAUGUUUGUCGUAGAAAAUGGCUUAUGUGUUUAUUAAGAUUACGUUUUUUAAUUAAUGGUGUGUGUGCGUGUGUUACUUGAUAUGAGAGAUGCGGUUCUUCAUGAAGGCUUUAAUGUAUUUGUAAGAAUAUUGUGAACAGAAACGUGCAGCUUGACGGAAAAAAACAGAGUUUCUUAAGCGUAAACUUGGUGUACUAAAGCAGACAGACGCACCUUUGAAAGGAAUCACAUAAUGAUUUGUGACAAGGAAAAAUAUACCGCAGUUAUUUUUCCAAUGGAAGCGAAUUACUGCUUCCAAACUUACAUACACACACAGACAUACACACACACAGGCUCACAGAAUGGCAUCCAUUGAUUUUGUUAUGUCAAAGACAGCUGACUGAGGCGUCUCUCCCGUUACCAUGGUUACCAUCGAUAUGGCGGGAAUAUUUUAUUCUAUUUGGAGGCUUCCAUGUACAUAUUAGUCGGAGAUUUUUAUAUGUAGGAUGUUUAGAGAUCGUUUUAUUAAUAGGUGUAGUGAUGUGUACUAGAAAAAAAAUCUUGACUGGAGUUCUAGAUGUUUGAUUGUAAAAUAAAAUGCUCACUCUUG